GAUUGCCUCCAAAUGACGUUAAUAUUCCCUUUACAGGAUUUCCCACAAAGUGAUAUGGCACAAAGAUUGCACAGAGCAAAGAACUGCGAAGAACAUAAUGGCAUGCACACAGAGAAUUCUCUCAGCAGUGGCGACACUUUAUUGCUGAAUAUAGCGGAGCGCUGGACUGGGACCAGGUGCAGAUGAAAUUGUUUGCGUGCAACGAAAGAGCUCGCGCUAUACCGUCUCAUUGACAUCAUUCGCAUCAUCCCGCCGAUGCGCGUCGCGAGAUGGAUGGAGAGCACGCUCUCAUCGCGAGUGCGCGGAGAUUCCGCAGACUAAAACAGAGCAACGAGGCAAUUCAAAGCGUUUCAUCUGAACGCGACGAGCAAACGUUGGCAUUUUGAAGCCUUGCACUUUAUUUUUACCACGAUGUUCGGUUCUUAAACAGCCUUUGGUUACGCGUUUUGUUCGGUGACUUACACUUUGUUCGCAACUUUGCGAGAGAGCAAGUUUUUUUUCUUAUGUGAUGUCUUGGAUGUCACACUUCUGCGCAUCUUUUUUACCAUAUCAACAUGUGGCAUGGGUUUUUUGGGCUGGAUCCCACGCGGACGUCCUGGAGGAAGACCUGGAGAGGAGAUCAUGAUUCACACUAACUGCAUGAAGAAUUUCCUUGUGUUAAAAUGAAUGAGAAACCCAACAAAUGGAUUUUCAUCCCAAUUUUAGCCAUUCUUUUUGUCAUGAUUGGGUACCAGUAUAUUUGUCCGGCGGGCGGCCAGGCUUGCCAUUUCAGGACAGGAGACAAACUCGUUAGGAUCGGUCCCCCGUCCACUCCAGACCCGACCACCGAUGACCCGGAGGAAGACAGCCCAACUAAAUGUGCGUCCAAAUUCAACUUCACGGAGCGCGAUCUGACACGCGACGUCGAUUUCAACAUCAAGGGAGACGAUGUGAUUGUGUUUCUGCACAUUCAGAAGACAGGCGGGACCACCUUCGGCAGGCACCUGGUCAGGAAUAUCCGCUUGGAGCAGCCGUGCGACUGCAAAGCGGGACAAAAGAAAUGCACGUGCCACCGGCCCGGCAAGCAGGAGUCAUGGCUCUUCUCGAGGUUCUCCACGGGCUGGAGUUGCGGAUUGCACGCGGACUGGACGGAACUGACCAACUGCGUGCCUGUGAUAAUGGACAAAAGGCAGCCUCCAAAGCGCAAGAGAAAGUUCUAUUACAUCACUCUGCUGAGGGACCCCGUUUCCCGCUACCUUAGCGAAUGGAGGCACGUCCAACGAGGGGCGACGUGGAAGACGUCCCUCCAUAUGUGUGACGGACGGACACCAACGCCCGAAGAGUUGCCGUCCUGCUACGAGGGCUCAGACUGGUCGGGGUGCACAUUGCAGCACUUCAUGGACUGCCCCUACAACCUCGCCAAUAACCGUCAAGUACGCAUGCUGGCCGACCUCAGCCUGGUUGGAUGCUACAACCUCUCCACUGUUCCCGAGAAGAGGCGCUCACAGCUGCUGCUGGAAUCGGCCAAGAAAAACCUACGAGACAUGGCUUUCUUCGGCCUGACGGAGUUCCAGCGGAAGACUCAGUACUUGUUCGAGCGCACCUUCCACCUCAAGUUCAUUCGGCCUUUCAUGCAGUACAACAGCACGCGGGCAGCCGGCGUGGAUCUGGAUAACGACACGAUACAGCGCAUCGAGGAGCUCAACGACCUGGAUAUGAAGCUGUACGACUACGCCAAAGACCUGUUUCAGCAGCGCUACCAGUACAAGCACAUGCUGGACCGCCGGGAGCAGAGACUACUGAGAGGACAGGCGUCUUUCCACAGUCCGUUCCGAGAGGACGGAGCCGGAGGAGAGGGUACAGCACGCCUGCCAACCGAGGACUACAUGAAUCACAUCGUCAACGGAUGGUAACCGCCCACCCCUCUCCAGAGAGACCAAAAAAGUGACACAGUUACAAGGAGAGGGGGAAUAAACAGACCCAAGUGGAAUAUCUAUUCCCAGAUGGGAGAGUUCAAUGUCCCAAUCUUUGGGUGGGAAUAUGGGACCAGGAACGUUCAAGAAAUGCGUUUCGCUUAGUGCCGCAUCUCAUAGGCCUUUUUUUUUAAACACAUAACAUUAAUAUUAAAUUAUUAUCUUU